ACUGUGGCCUCGCAUAUUUCGAGGAAAGCGUCCAAAAAUCCCAACCUUUUCAAGGCAAUCAUCUUUGCUACAUAGCGAUCUCUGCUCUAAUGACCCCUCCUCUCUCCACACCACUCAGCCAGUCCGCUCAAAGCCUCCUUGCAAUCACUUUCCCACUCCUCUUCCGCUGUCAUGCGAUCAAGGUCAACCACGCAGCACUGAGAUUCGGGCUGCAGCCACUGCAGUGCCUGACAUUCGGCCUGGCUGGGCAUGGAGAAAUUGUCAGAGGUUGUUGGCGCAAAGAACCAUGAGACAUUCUGUGUUUCCUCAUCCUCCCACUCAAGCAUGUGCAGUAGCCCAAGGCCCUCGACUGCAACCCACCAAUCAUAGGGAGGACACCCUCCCAACAGCCAUGCUCUGGCUUGCAUGUGCAUGCCCCAGCGCAAUAGUACCGUCCAGGCAUGCUCCACAUCGCCUGGUGACCGGGUCGCCCCGUUUGCUCCGGGCCGGGGCCGGAAACCCCUGGCGCCCCGGGGUCUCCCCCUAGCUGGGUGCAUCGAAGCCAGUCCUGCGAGUCGUUCGAACCUGCAAUUCUCCUACACAGGCAUUAAUUCCGAGUGCAGCCUCCUCAAGCGCGUCACACUCACCAGGAUAUUGCGCAGCUCGACAAAGCGGGCGCAGCCCGCCAUGUCCUGGUCAUCCCAUCCCUGACUUCGUACAAACGUUCGCUGGUUAGAGGCCCGAGUCGCGUUUUUCAGCACCGAAGGUGGGGCAACAAACAACAACCGACCGCUCCCCGGACAUCCCACGAGCAAAGCCACAUUCACGUCAUCGAACCCCACAAUGUUGGCGUGGGUCAACCCUUCUUCAUCUUGCCAUAUUUCGGUGCGAGGGAUGGUGCUCGGAUUCACAUCUUCCAGCAGGUGUUGGUUCCAUUCAUAGGGCAGACGGGCUCGGACCAAAGCAUGCCUUAGUUUCAACCCCUGUGUGCUGA